AUGUUUCGAAGACGCUGGUCAGGUCUGCCUGAGGACCCUGAGUUCCCAGCUGACCUGAAAAAGCUUGGCUACUUUAUCAAUGAGAAAGACGAAAUCCGCUCCAUCGCCAACCCUAGGUUCUACUUUGACUUCUUCCUUAACAAAAACAUGCGCAUCAACGAUCGCCAGCGCUUUGCCUUCGACCUCGCGGUCGCCGAUAUCAUCCAGGAGCGCCUAGUCGUUCUGGGCCUCAACAAGCUGCGCCUCCCACUCUCCACCAUCCCCGUCGAGAGUCCUCACGUACCCAUCUUCCUCUCGUCCAAGCUCCAAACCAAGAAGCGCAUCGUCGUCAUCUUCGGCGAGCGUGAGCAGGAUCUCGGCGUCAUUGCGCACAGGGUUAUCGGCGGAGCGGGCGGCGUUGAUGCAGGCAGCAUGGUCUCAGUCAUUAAGAUCUUGCAGGCGCAGGGAGGAGAAGCAGAUGGUGAGAAGGGAGAGUCGUCUUUGGGCAUCGUGCUGGCCAACCCGGGCGAGAACUGGUGGUGGCCUGAGGGCGGGCGGGCGCUGUCCUACCGUCAAAGCAUGGGCGUCAAGAUGAGAAGCGCAGCGCACAAGGGUAUCUUUUAUAACCCCGAGGUCAAUGACAUCCCUUGCAACACAGAUGUAGACGCACACAUCGAGUGCGUGUUCGAGACCGUUCUCAGCAACCCAGAGUUCGUGGACGGGGGUGCGACUUUGGAGGUCCUCGCUGUUUCGGACGCUGCUGUCGCUGUGCAGAAGUACUUGGAUGAGAACUGGGACCGCUGGGCUGGACGCAUCGGGUGCCUGGCGCUUCUGGCGCUCGGUAUGGGUGAAGACGAAUUCAGGAACGAGAAUUUCGCAAAAUUCCUCCGCGAGAAAGCUCGCAUGUACAUUGUCUGCGGCGAAACGGCGGGCACGCCCAUUGCCAACAGCAACGGCAACCCCGACACAAUCACGUACACCAACUACGGCUGUGCCGUCCUCUCCUCAGGUGAACCCUACUACAGCGAGCUCACCUUAAUCAAGGCCAAGACUCACAUCCUCCAGUGGAUGGAAGAGGUCCGCAAGGCCGGUCGAGAUUACGUCCAUCCGGCCAUGAAAGUCACGUACAAGGACGAGAAGUACAAGCCAACCAAUCAGUGGACCCACGACGAUCCGGCGUGUUUCCUUCCCCCGACCGGCCAGAAACCCCGUGCUCACCCGAACGUUCCCCCGAGAAAUUCCAGUGGAAUACACAAGGUUGGAGUAGAUGAUGACGAUGGUUUGGAGGUCAUCAGCCGCGAGGAGUGGGAGCGGCGCACAGGACACGAGGGCAACGACGAGGAGGUCGGGCCCAGAAAGAUGGUAUCUGAGUGA